AUGGCCAAACCACCCAACCAACCCAACUUCCGCAUCCUAUCCCCAAACGCCGCCAAAAACCUCGCGCAAAAGAAGAAGCCCGUCUCCGGCGGGACAGUACAAGGCCAGCACCAGACGCCCAGCGCACAAUCAACGCCAGAGCCAAACAUCGAGGGCCCGAAGCUCACCCCGAAACGACCCUUCAGUACCUUCUUCUCCCAUCUCCGACAACGCUAUGCCGCGCUCCCCAGACCAGUCCAGCGCACAUGUCGCGGGCUCCGGAUCCUGGCGCCCCUGGUGCCGAUCAGCCUGUUCUUCUCGGAACACAUUAUGCAGGUGAUGUGGGUUCGGGGACCGUCAAUGACACCCUACCUCAACGAAGAUUAUCACGAAAACCACACGAAAAGUGAUAUGGUGCUGGUCAGCAUGAUGCCGUCGCGAGUUUGGCCGUGGGAGAGAACAAGACGGUUAGAGAGGGGGAUGGUGGUUACAUUCCGGUCUCCCGCCAAUUCCUCACACAUCGCUAUAAAACGUGUCGUCGGUCUUCCUGGUGACCGUGUUAUGACCCGCAAACCUUGUCUAAAAGAGUCUCAAAUCGUUCCGUUCAAUCAUGUCUGGCUGGAGGGGGAUGCAUCAGAUCCAGAGCGAACGCUGGAUAGUAAUACCUACGGACCAGUCAGUAUCAGUCUUCUUACCGGUCGGGUGUUUGCGAUCCUGGGCCCGCGUAUGAGGUGGUUAAAUUGGGCGGAUUGGGAAGAUGGAAAGCUGGACAAUGGUGCCUCGGAUGGAAAGAAUUAUAGGCAGGCUACCCGGGACAGAGUCAUGAAGGAGGCUGUGAAUAUGGAGAAUCAAAGCUUGGAUUAA